UUGGCCCGAGUGGGUAGCGCGCGGGAUCCGAGUGGCCCGUCUAGUCACGCGCGGAGGCUAGGCUAGGUCCUGCUUCCUUCCCGGGAAUCCUUCUGGGCCCAGGAAGGUCUGGCUGGGUCCCCGUGACCACAGACCCGAGGCUGGCGACGACUGCUCCCUGUGUUCGGCUUCCAUCCGGAUGGAAGAGCCUCCCGGGAAGCCCCUCAGCUGUGCGGAGAAGGAAAAGUUGAAGGAAAAGUUAGCAUUUUUGAAAAAGGAAUACAGCAAGACACUUGCUCGUCUUAAGCGUGCCAAAAGAGCUGAGAAGGUUAAGAACUCUGAGAAAGCAAUAGAAGAUUGUGUGCCCCAUCAGGAAACCUCCCCACAGCUAAGCCGCUCUGAACCUAUAAACGAAGGCUCUCCUUGUGAUACAUUACAAAUCAACCAUCUUGAUGAGGAAACUGGAGAAAACAUUGCUGUGAUCCUUGCUGUUGAACCUCAGUCCUUUAACCAUAAAAAUGGCCAAGAAGAAGAAGUAUUAUAUACACAAAGAACAGGUGACAUCCAGGAACAGUUUUUGCAUGGCAUCAGCAGCCCUGGUGGUAAGAAAGGGCAGAAUGCACUGCCUGGGAAAACAAAGAAGCAGUGGAAGAAGACAUCGGUUUCACAGGAGAGAGAGUCUUUCCUUGACCUUAAUUCUCUCGUACUCCCUGACAAGCAACGAAAGACACAGGAAGCAAUCAGCAGCAAAAGUCCUAGGUCCCCAAUAACUGAAGAGACACGCUGUUUAAGUCUGAAGUCUAAACCUCCUGGUCCUCCAUCCCUUGAUACAGAAAUUGAUGGAGAGGGUUUAUUAAUUUCACCAUCUGGCAAAUCAGAAAAGGAUAUUGAUAGACUUGUAAAAGGAAAUAAUGUCUCCAUGGAGACUACAGUUCCUUCAUGUACUGUGUCAGACAGCAAUCAUAGUCAACACCUUGAACAUCUACCUCCUAACAAUGACUGCAAAAUUACUGUUCAGGGCCCAGCUUCAUCCAUAAACCUGGAGGCACAAGGCAGAAAAAUGACUAUAGUUACAGAUAACCCAGUAGUAAAUAAAGCUGUGAAUGCCAGUGAUCAGCUGCCAGGAAGUCCUAAUUCAGAGGCAAGGAAUUCGUGUUCUCUAAAUGAUCUCACUCACAGUAACUUGCCAGCAGGUACUACCCAAAACUUUAAGUCUUUAAAAUCGGGUCACGUUGUUGGUAGAAAUGAGAAUCUUCAGGAAGAUGAAAUUCUAGGGCCGUCUAAGAACAGCCCAGCAGCAGUUUCCCCUCCCUCCACAGAAAGCCAAAUACAUUCUUGUACAGUGCUUGAAGGCCUUUUGUUUCCUGCAGAAUAUUAUGUUAGAACUACCCGUCGGAUGUCAGACUGUCAGAGAAAAAUAGCUCUGGAAGCUGUAAUUCAAAGUCACUUGGGUAUCAAGAAGAAAGGGCUUAAAAAUAACAGUAAAGCAACUAAGAGUGUAGUCCUCUCCGAUGAAGAAAGUGACCAAAGUGAAAGAAGUGUGUUGGACACAGGCACAGGACAGUCCAGCUCAGGAAGUCCCUCUCAGGAACUAAUCUCGUCAGCUGAGGUCAGCUCUCCCACAGGACCUGCUGAGGCUGACAGCCAAUCCAGGAAAGCCACUACACAGCUCCCUGGUAGAGGACACAGAGGAAGACGAAAAUCGGUCCAAGUCUCCACACUGGCUCAUUGUCAGCUGCUUUUCCCUCCUUGCAGCACACUGGGUGUUAACAUGUCCAAGGGCAAAUUCACCAAGCAUAAGUGUCCAAAUGGAAAAGUGAUUAUUCACGACUUCGAGUUACCUGAUGAAGAAUUUGGGCCUCUUAAGCUUGAAAAAUUGAAGUCCUACUCAGAAAAACUGAUUGAGUCAUCUGACUCAAAAAACUAUGGAGAGGGGCUUCCUAGGGAAGGAAAUUGUGCCACUCUGGAGGACCUGCAGAUAGAUUCAGAAAUGGAGGACUUGGAGGAGAAACUCAUGGCUCCAUCAGGAGAAGCACAGCAUCCAGGGCCAACCCUGAAAAGGCAGCAAAGGACCAAAGGCAUUUCUUCAUCCAUAGUGCUUUUCACUCCUACAGAUACGGCUGCAUCUAACCACAGUGCCAGAUCCUCGGCCUACCCAUGUUCACCUGCUUUCCCCAUCUUAGGCAAGACUCCAGCUUUUGCCUCCCAAGCAACCAGUGAGAAUGUAGCUGCUGAAGUUGGACAGACUUGCUCUGCAUCCCGACCUUCUCACUUGGGAGACACAAGCAGUCUUGCUAGUAACAAACAAUGCAACAGUUCAGCCAGCUCACCAAAACUGGAUACCAACCUGCAUGUGUCAGGUAGGCAAGGACAACCUGCCUGUGACGGUGACUCUGGCCUCCAGGCAACACCUCUGCCCAUUGAGUCAUUCACUUUCAGAGAAAAUCAGCUCUGUGGAAAUGCAUGCCUCGAGUUACAGGAACAUUCCAUUGAACAGACUGAAAUCGCAGACCUCCCUACUCAGGACAGCUUGAAUCCAGGCAGCCUACAGUUGGUCUCAAAGUUCAAGAAUCCUUCCAGUUCCUGUUCUGUGGAUGUGAGUGCCGUGUGGUGGGAAAGAGCUGCUGCUAAGGAGCCGUGUAUCAUAACUGCUUGUGAAGAUGUAGUUUCUCUUUGGAAACCCUUGGAUACUUUGCAGUGGGAAAAAGUUCAUACCUGGCACUUCACAGAGGUUCCAGUGUUACAAAUAGUUCCAGUGCCUGAUGUUUACAAUCUUAUAUGUGUAGCUUUGGGAAAUUUGGAAAUCAGAGAAAUCAGGGCAUUGCUGUGUUCCUCUGGUGAUGAAAGUGAAAAGCAAGUACUACUGAAAUCUGGAAAUAUAAAAGCUGUGCUUGGCCUGACAAAGAGAAGACUAGUUAGUAGCAUUGGAACCUUUUGCAGUCAACAAGUACAAAUCAUGACAUUUGCUGAAGAUGGAGGUAGCAAAGAUGAACAGCUUUUGAUGCCCCCUGAUGAGACAAUACUGGCUUUUGCUGAAGUCCAAGGGAUGCAGGAUGCUCUGCUUGGUACCACCACUGUGAACAACAUUGUGAUCUGGAAUUUAAAAACUGGCCAGCUCCUGAAAAAGGUGCACAUUGAUGACUCUUACCAAGCUUCGGUCUGUCACAGAGCCUAUUCUGAGAUGGGGCUCCUAUUUGUUGUUCUGAGUCAUCCUUGUGCCAAAGAGAGCCAGGUCUUUGGAAGCCCCGUGUUUCAGCUUCUGGUGAUAAACCCUAAGACAGCUCAGAGUGUGGGUAUUCUGCUGUGCUGUCUUCCUCCAGGGCAAGCUGGAAGAUUCCUGGAAGGGGAUGUGAAAGAUCACAUCGCAGCAGCCGUCCUGACGUCCGGGACAAUUGCCGUUUGGGACUUGCUUCUGGGUCACUGCACUGCUCUCCUCCCACCCGCCUCCGAUCAGAGUUGGUCUCUGGUUAAAUGGUCAGGCACAGAUUCUCACUUGCUAGCUGGACAAAAAGAUGGCAGUGUAUUCAUAUACCGCUACUUGUAAGUUAAGAGGCAAAUAGUUUCCUGGAUAUUUUGCCUCUUAAUAGUUUUUUUUGAAAAAGAAUACAGUAUCCAAAAGACAUUUAACAUGAUUGUUUGAAUGUGUUCCCACAAACUUCAUUUUAUUCUAAUGGUGGCACUACUGACUUUGUUUAUACUUACUUUGGUGUUGUGGUUUUAAGUCCAUAUUUGCACAUUUGCUAUUA